GCCAUUUUCAGCGGUUGAGUUUUGGUAGUGCUGCUAGUCGUCUCGGACAAUGAGCUACGAUUAUCAUCAGAGCUGGAGCCGCGACGGGGGCCCACGGGGCUCCGGCCAGGGCUCCGGCGCUGGCGGCGGAGGGAGCCAGAGCUCCGGCGGCGGCGGAGGGGGCCGCGGCGGCCGGGGCCGGCAUCCCGCACACCUUAAGGGUCGCGAGAUCGGCUUGUGGUACGCCAAGAAGCAGACGCAAAAGAACAAGGAGGCUGAGAGGCAGGAGAGAGCUGUAGUGCACAUGGAUGAACGCCGAGAAGAGCAAAUUGUGCAGCUGCUAAAUUCAGUCCAAACUAAGAAUGAUAAAGAUUCAGAAGCACAGAUAUCCUGGUUUGCCCCUGAGGAUCAUGGGUAUGGAACUGAAGUUUCUUCAGAGAAAAAAAUGAACUCAGAGAAGAAACUUGACAGCCAGGAAAAGAAAUUGCUGAACCAAGAAAAAAAGACAUUUAGGACCACAGAAAAAUCAUACAUUGACCGAGAUUCUGAGUAUUUAUUGCAAGAAAAUGAGCCAAACGUAGGCCUAGAUCAACAAUUAUUGGAAGAUUUACAAAAGAAAAAAACUGACCCUCGGUAUAUAGAGAUGCAGCGUUUCAGAAAAAAGCUGCCUUCAUAUGGAAUGCAGAAGGAGCUGGUAAAUUUAAUCAAUAACCAUCAAGUGACAGUAAUAAGUGGUGAAACUGGUUGUGGCAAAACCACUCAGGUUACGCAGUUCAUCUUGGAUAACUACAUCGAAAGAGGAAAAGGGUCUGCCUGCAGAAUAGUGUGCACUCAGCCAAGAAGAAUUAGUGCCAUUUCAGUUGCUGAGAGAGUGGCCGCAGAAAGGGCAGAGUCUUGUGGCAAUGGUAAUAGUACUGGAUACCAGAUUCGUCUCCAAAGUCGGUUGCCAAGGAAACAAGGCUCUAUCUUAUACUGCACAACAGGAAUCAUUCUUCAGUGGCUCCAGUCAGACUCACGUUUGUCUAGUGUUAGCCAUAUUGUACUUGAUGAAAUUCAUGAGAGGAAUCUACAGUCAGAUGUUUUAAUGACUGUUAUUAAAGAUCUUCUCCAUUUUCGAUCGGAUCUCAAAGUAAUAUUGAUGAGUGCAACCUUGAAUGCUGAGAAAUUUUCAGAAUAUUUUGGUAACUGUCCAAUGAUACAUAUACCCGGGUUUACUUUUCCAGUUGUGGAAUAUCUUUUGGAAGAUAUCAUUGAAAAACUAAGAUAUGUUCCAGAACAAAAAGAACAUAGAUCCCAGUUCAAGAGGGGUUUCAUGCAGGGUCAUGUCAAUAGGCAAGAAAAAGAAGAAAAAGAGGCUAUCUAUAAGGAACGCUGGCCAGCUUAUAUAAAGGAACUGCGAACAAGAUACUCUGCAAGUACCGUAGAUGUUUUGCAAAUGAUGGAUGAUGAUAAAGUUGAUCUGAAUUUGAUUGCUGCCCUUAUUCGAUACAUUGUUUUGGAAGAAGAGGAUGGUGCAAUAUUGGUCUUUCUACCAGGCUGGGACAAUAUCAGUACUUUGCAUGAUCUCUUGAUGUCACAAGUGAUGUUUAAAUCAGAUAAGUUUCUUAUUAUACCUUUACAUUCACUGAUGCCUACUGUAAACCAGACACAGGUAUUUAAAAAAACUCCUCCCGGUGUUCGGAAAAUAGUAAUUGCUACCAACAUUGCAGAAACUAGCAUCACCAUAGAUGAUGUGGUUUAUGUAAUAGAUGGAGGGAAAAUUAAAGAAACACACUUUGACACACAGAACAACAUAAGUACCAUGUCUGCUGAGUGGGUUAGUAAAGCUAAUGCCAAACAGAGGAAAGGGAGAGCUGGAAGAGUUCAGCCUGGUCACUGUUAUCAUCUGUAUAAUGGUCUUAGGGAAAGCCUUCUAGAUGACUACCAACUACCAGAAAUUUUGAGAACUCCGUUGGAAGAACUUUGUCUGCAAAUAAAGAUUUUGAGGCUGGGUGGAAUUGCUUAUUUUCUGAGUAGGUUAAUGGACCCACCAUCAAAUGAGGCAGUAGUGCUCUCCAUAAAACACCUAAUGGAACUGAGUGCUUUGGAUAAGCAAGAAGAAUUGACACCUCUUGGCGUCCAUUUAGCCCGACUGCCUGUUGAGCCACAUAUUGGAAAAAUGAUUCUCUUUGGAGCUUUGUUCUGUUGCUUAGAUCCAGUCCUCACCAUUGCUGCUAGUCUCAGCUUUAAAGAUCCCUUUGUCAUUCCAUUGGGAAAAGAAAAGAUUGCAGAUGCAAGAAGAAAGGAACUGGCAAAGGAAACUAGAAGUGAUCACCUGACAGUUGUGAAUGCGUUUGAGGGCUGGGAAGAAGCCAAACGACGUGGCUUCAGAUAUGAAAAGGACUACUGCUGGGAAUACUUUCUGUCUUCCAACACCCUACAGAUGCUGCAUAACAUGAAGGGACAGUUUGCUGAGCAUCUUCUUGGAGCUGGAUUUGUAAGCAGUAGAAGUCCCAAAGAUCCAAAAGCUAACAUAAAUUCAGAUAAUGAGAAGAUAAUUAAAGCUGUCAUCUGUGCUGGUUUAUAUCCAAAAGUUGCUAAAAUCCGACUAAAUUUGGGUAAAAAAAGGAAAAUGGUGAAAGUUCACACAAAGUCUGAUGGUCUGGUUUCUAUUCAUCCUAAGUCUGUCAAUGUGGAGCAGACAGACUUCCAGUACAACUGGCUUAUCUAUCACCUGAAGAUGAGAACAAGCAGUAUAUACUUGUAUGACUGCACAGAAGUUUCACCAUACUGCCUCUUGUUCUUUGGAGGAGAUAUUUCCAUCCAGAAAGAUAACGACCAGGACAUUAUUGCUGUAGAUGAAUGGAUUGUGUUUCAGUCUCCAGAAAGAAUUGCCCAUCUUGUUAAGGGACUACGAAAGGAACUGGACAUCCUUCUACAAGAGAAGAUUGAAUGCCCUCAUCCUGUAGACUGGAACGACACUAAGUCCAGAGACUGUGCAGUACUGUCAGCUAUUCUAGACUUGAUCAAAACACAAGAAAAGGCUACUCCAAGGAACUUGCCACCACGGUCACAGGACGAAUAUUACAGCUGACAGCUUUCUGUGGUGGCCUAAAACCUAUCCUGAUGUCCAUAAUUCCCAUUUUUUUUUUUUUUUUAGAUUUUGGCAAAAUGCCAAGCCUUGGGUUAUGACUUGCUUUUGUGUGUUAAGUUAGAAGCUUUGAUUGGGUAGUAAAGAGUUAAUGUGCAUGACUGAACAGUGCCGUCUAGCUACUAUAAAGACAGUGGGAAAGCAGUGUGCUUUCUGACCUUACCCUCUGUUGUAGUGAUGUCCACACUUUGGGAGAAUUCCCAAAGUUGUAACAUUGAGAAAUUCCUUUAUGCUAUUAUGCAAAAAUAAUUUUCUGUCCACAAUGACUGUCUAGAGACAGAAAGUUGGGCCAAAAAGCAGUGUGAAGUAAAAUUUGAAUACAACCACAUUUUUUAAAAAUGAAUUUAUAAAUAAAUUUGUUGUAAUAAAGCCCAAUAUUUAAUAAAAUGUACAAUGUAUAAAUCUCAGCUAACUUCUUGGCUUGGUUUCUAGAGUUCUGCCUAUCACUUGGCUCACUUGAUUGCUUUUAUUCGUUUGCUUUUGUUUUUUAACUUUUUUAAAAAGGUUCUUAUAUUACCUACCAUCCUGCUCUGUGUAGCAUAAUGUAGCAACUGAGCACGUGUCUGGGUGUGAUGGUGGAGGUCCUGUCUCAGCCCCCUUUUCUUAUCUGAAAGACAGGUAAAGACUGUGAGGAUUAACUACGGUAAUACAUGUAAAGGGCCACAGCCUAGGGUCUGAUGCAUGUGUCCUCACACAGUGCUUGUCCACGGCCUAGGGUCUGUUGCAUGUGUCCUCACACAGUGCUUGUCCACGGCCUAGGGUCUGUUGCAUGUGUCCUCACACAGUGCUUGUCCACAGCCUAGUGUCUGUUGCAUGUGUCCUAACACAGUGCUUGCUACUAUUUGUCCAUGAAAUAUUUUUUAACCUUUAGUAAUCAGUUUUACUGUUUCAUUUUUUGUACUGAGGACCUUGGAGAUGGUUGAGCCAAGGACCUCACAUAUACUAGAUGAGUGCUGUAUUACUGAGCCACACCCAUAGCCCUGUCACACCCCAGUUUUAUGCCUCUAUGCUCUAGUGUGACAAAACAAGACUGUUUGAAGGCUUGUUAGAGCUAUUGGUUUUUCUACUUUUGGACUCCCUUCUUGUUUUGCUGCUGUAGUCCCUACCUCUAGCUUAAAGAUGUUGUUUUGUCCUAUCCAAGAGCCAGAGAUUGUUCUGAGAUUAUCAAGUUUGGUCUAUUUCCCCAGUAAGUUGUGAGAUGACCAGGACAUAUCCAUAAUCCUGCCAUGGAUUUGCUGCUCAUGCUAGUUCAGGUGCUGCGGCCCUGUCUGAGUAUAUGUCACCUGGCAGUGUCUACAAAGAUUUGAAUGGACUGUGUCCUUAGUUUAUUCUUUUGGAUUAUCUCACCAAAAUUAUGUUUCUUCCUAAACUCUUAUAGUCAUAGUGGUAUUGUCACAGUAUUAACAGCAUAUUAGUUUUGCCCCUAAAGUCAAUGUGUGUUUACACGCAAGUAUUUAGUCUCCACAGCAAGUGCAAAAAUGUUUAGAAUUGUUUUUACAGAUGAGCAGUACACAAAAAUAGGUGGUGUCUUGCCAGCAUCUACUGCUAUCUCUGACAUAGCUAAGCAGGAUAGAGGGUGGAUUACGGGUGCUCUGAAGAUUCAGCUUCUUGUUUACAGAUUAGGACUGUUAACUGAAAAAUGCACUCUAAGUCCCCAAAUGACUUGUUCUGUUUUGCUCUUAAAAAAUAGGUCAUCUAGAAGAAAAAGUUGUCUUAUAUCAUUUGCACAGCACAAAGAACAAACUAGAAAAAAACACUGUAACAAAAACUUAGGAGUAAAAAUGAAAUAGGCUGCUGCAUAAUGUUUUAAGAGCAUUAAGUACAUGCAUAUGGUACCUUCCUAAUUAACUGACCUGGAAAAAAAGCUGUAGUAAUUUUAAGUCAGUUAAUUGCAAAGUGUAAUUUGCUGCAUUUGUAAAACAAAGUCUACUUUAAAAUUAUUACUUCAGUAUCUGUGCACCCAGACUAAGUAAAUGAUGGCAUAUUUCCUUACAUUCUCAACACUGAGCUUAUAUUUAUUCUUAAGUAACUAUAAUUGUGUUUUAUAUCUAUAUAUUUGUAAUAAUCCUAUAUGUUAAACAGCAUUUUUAUUCUUUUUUUUUUUUUUUUUUAAAAAGAAAAAACAUCUUCACUGGGGAAUAUUCAAAAAUGUAUCAAGGAAAGUAAAUCAUGUUGUCAGUUAGUUUUUUAUAUUCUUCCAUAACUUUUGAAAGCUUUAAGGUAAUGUGUAUAAUUAACCAAUUUAAGAGUAUAAUUUCACUGUAUUUUGUCUACUGUAUGACAUUGUGUAGCUAACUCCACAGUCUUGAUGUAGAACAUUCCCAUCAACCUAAGAUGUUCUCUUGUUGCUUUCACAGGUAAAAUGCCCUUCCCUGCUGCUCCCCUCUGGUGCCCAGGGAGCAGGCUCUCAUCAGGAGUUUUGCCUUUUAUGGGUUUUCUGGGAAUGGAUUCACACAGUCCAUGUGUCCAGCCUCUUUGACUUAAUAUAAGCAUCAUGAUAACUCAUGCAUACUGUACAUAUUAGUAAUUUUUAUUGUUUAGUAUUCUCUUUUAUGGUUAUGACAUUGUACCCAUUUACCACUUGGUGGACAUUUCAUGUAUUUUCAGCAUUUUUGCUGUUAAUGAAUAAAGCUGCUCUAAAUAUG